AUGACAUCAAAAAUUUUAUUAAUAAAGCUAUUGAAAUGUCAUAUAAAGUUAAGAAUUAAAUUUUACAUUUUAUUUAGAGGGGUGAGUCCUAAUAAUUUUAAUGCAUUACCAAUCACUAUUCUAGUAGAUUUUAAAAUCAUUAAACGUGCUUUGGCAAUAUUUAAUUCAGCAUCUUUUACUCUUAAUGUUGGUAUUAAAUUAUUAACUGAUUUACAAAUAUCUUGUAAAUAA